UAUAAUAAUUGCAAUAAAAUGAACAAUAAAAACAUGGUAUUUUACAUCAUAUAUUCCCAAUAAAUGUGAAUUAUAAAAUGCUAUCUACCCUCGGAUAUACAAAUAUAAUUGCUGUUAUCAUUUCAAUUUUACUCGUUAUAUCGACGGGAUUAUUUAAAUUAAAGCAAUUAAACAAUAUGAAACAAGGAGCCGUAGAAAGGAUUUUGACUUGGUACAGCAUAAACGAUAGGCGUUACUCUAUCUUAAAAUUAUUAUCGGCCUUACACAUAAUAUCUACAGCCAAUGAAUAUAAUUAUACAAAGAAAAUUUUGCUGGACGUCAUUCGGAAUGCAUCGGCAAAAAUAGCAAUUAAUUACGUCGAGAAUUGGUGGAUUAAGCAUUGCGCCAGAUUAAUGGUGAUGAAAAUAUUAAAAGAACGUUGGAUAUUGUGGGUUAAAUCUUUGCUUAUACAAAGAUGGUUUAGAGAUGUCAAAAACAAAAACGUUUUCCUAAGAACGAUUGUUUCCGUCAUUCUGAUCAUUCAGCUUUGGUACAGGAUGGAAAAAUUGAAACGAGUUCGUCAUUUGACAGUUUUGCAGAAGAGAUUCAAAGCGGUGUUGAUACGUAUAUCGUACAUGAAGCUUCGUAGGAAAACAAUUUAUUUGCAAGCAUCCAUGCGCAAGUAUCUGAAUAAGAAAUAUCUCGAUAUGAAAUUGUGGAUUUUUAAUAAUUUCAAUAGUGAAGUUUGGUUAUCGAUUAAAGAAGCCCGUUCGGCCAAAGCAGUAUCAUUUAUCAACCAAUGCUCCGAAGUAAGAACGUUGAGAUCAAGUUCAAUGUUGAGUGUGAAUGUACCGUUCGACAGAUUCAACAUAACUGAUUUGAUCAAACGGAGAACAAAGUAUUAUAAUUUGGUACUAAAAGCUUGUAAUCAAAUUAAUCUUCUUACAUUCUCACAAGUCAUUCCAGAAAACUGCAAGGACGAAUGUUGGAAAAAAUUAGGCGAAGGAUCUUAUGGAAACGUGUAUGCCAUUUUGGACGAAUGGGGAAUGCCAUUUCAGGUUUUUAAAGUUGUCCCAGUUAGCGGUUUUAAUAAUUUUUAUGGGAAAGAAAUGGAACACUUUGAAACAGUUUAUCCAGAAAUAAUUGCUUCUCUAACCUUGAGUUCCUUAUCGGACGAUGAAAUUAACAGAACAUCUGGAUUUACUAGAAUUAAUAGAGUAUCAUGUGUGACUGGUCCAUUUCCAAAGUAUCUUUGCAGAGCUUGGGACAUUUAUCAUUUGAAAUAUCGAUCUAGAACCAAAUACCCGGGUAAUUUUCCAUCUAAUCAAAUUUAUAUUAUUUACGACAUGAAGUUUGAAGGACAGCAAAUAUUAUCGAGUAUCUUGCAGCCACAGCAAGUGUGCAGUAUCAUUAAACAAGUGAGUUGCUCAAUCGCUGUAGCUGAAUGUGCAGCAAAAUUUGAACAUCGGGACUUACAUUUAGGAAAUGUAUUAAUUAAAAAGACAAUUUUGUCAUCUAUUCCUUUCCGAUUAAACGGGGAAAAAAUUACUAUCGACAGUUACGGUAUUGCAGCAACUAUUAUUGAUUAUACGUUCAGUCGCAUAGGCCAAAGAAACAAAGCUGUAUAUAGAGAUCUUUCUCGUCAUCCUUUCAACAGAAAUAUAAUAGAACAUAAAAUCUACAGGAAAAUGCGCGAAUAUAAUAAUGACGAUUGGAGUGUAUAUUGGCCUUACAGUAACGUUAUGUGGUUGUGGUAUUUAAAUGCUUGUCUCGUGAAAAAGCUGGAGAAAAGUCUAUCUUUAUCGCCCAAUACAGCAUCGGAAGACAUCUUUUUGACUCAAUUGAAUUAUUGGAAAAAAUGCCUUUUGUCUCAAGAUUCCGUUACUACUUUUGUGACUCGAGAAUUUUUACGUUAAUUCGAUAAUCGGUUCUCUUAAUCUGACUAACUAAACUCCAUUAUUUCUUAUACUACUACUAAUAAUAAAUAUACAAAAUUUUAUUAUAAAAUACAACUUAAUUCAUGUCGAUUGAAGAUUAUUCA